AUGUGGGAUGGUGUUUAUCAAGAGGUGAAAGGUUCCAUGGGUGGAUUGGCGGUUCUUUGGAAUCCAGAUAAAGUGGCAGUAGACUUGAUCAAUAAGAAAGAUUAUUGGAUGCACUAUAAAGUAAGAAUAUUACAGGAAGAUUUGGAAUUCUCCCUAAUCAAUGUUUAUGGACCUGCAAAGACAGAAGAAAAGAAAAGGUUUUGGAAAGAAAUUACAGAUCAGAUCAAAAUGGUAGAGUCACAGAAAGCAAUUAUGGUGGGAGAUUUCAAUACAAUACUCAAAAAUGAUGAAAAAUUUGGAGGUUUAAGAAUGAAUGCCCAAGUGAUGGAAGAUUUCAGAGAUUUUGCAGCAGACAAUAACCUCUUUGAUGUUGUCCCUAAAUCUGGAAAAUUUACUUGGACCAAUAGGAGGGCAAAUUUUUGCAGAAUUUCUGAGAGAUUGGACAGAAUAUUUGCAGGUUCAUUUUGGUUAAGUGAUAAGUUUGAUUUGGAAUCAAUUAUCCACCCCAUAACACUUUCUGACCACUAUUCGAUUCAGUUAAAUUGCACAAUACCAUUGAUAAAGGUGAAAGGAAAUUUUAAGUUUUUGAGUAUGUGGUGGAGAGAUCCAAACUUUGAAGAAAACAUUGAAAAGUGGUGGAAAGAAUGUUCAGACAUUAAAGGCACUCCAAGUCAUUGUUUUGUCCAAAAGUUGAAAUACCUCAAAAACAAAAUUAAAACAUGGAAUGUGGUAUCCUUCAAGAACAUUUUUGCAGAAAAAAUCAGGGUGGAAGAGGAACUAAAUAGGAUCAAUAACUUGGUGAUCGAGAAGGGGAUGACGAAUGAAGAGUUCCAUGCUGAGAAUUCCCUUAAAGAAAAACUCGCACAAAUUCUCCUGAGAGAAGAAAUGUUUUGGAGGGACAAAUCUAGAUAA